GAACAACCUAAACCACCAUCAUGGGCAAGAUCAUCUUCUACGAGGAGAGGAAUUUCCAGGGUCGCUCCUAUGAGUGCAUGAGCGACUGCUCCGACAUGUCCUCCUACCUGAGCAGGUGCCAGUCCUGCAGGGUGGAGAGCGGCUGCUUCAUGGUCUAUGAACGUCCCAACUUCAUGGGCAUGCAGUUCUUCUUGAGGAGGGGCGAGUACCAUGACAUGCAGCGCAUGAUGAGCAUGGGAAUGAUGUUCGACAACAUCAGAUCUUGCAGGAUGAUCCCCUUCCACAGAGGCCAGUUCAGGAUGAGGAUCUACGAGAGGGAGAACUUCGGUGGUCAGAUGAAUGAGCUGAUGGACGACUGCGACAACAUCAUGGAGCGCUACCGUAUGAACGACUGCAUGUCCUGCAACGUGAUGGACGGCCACUGGCUGAUGUACGAGCAGCCCCAGUACAGAGGCAGGAUGAUGUACCUGAGGCCCGGAGAGUACAGGAGCUUCAGGGAGAUGGGCAUGAGUGGCACCAGGUUCAUGAGCAUGAGGCGCAUCACUGAUAUGUGCUAG